CAUUAGCGGGGUGCCACCAAUCUCUUCCGGGUUCACUCCGACUCGCAAAGGUUGGAAAUGAACCUAUGAAGACAUAAUUUAUGUACAUAACCACGUUUCCCCGAUAAAGGGAGAAGUUGUACUGUUAUUUUUGGACCUGUGAGCUUUAUUGAAGCUUGUAGCUGUUGAAGCCGCUGCUGGUUUAGCUCUCCGUGUAAGUUGAACAUGUCUGCGGAGGAAGCGGACAAAACAGCCACCACUGAUGCCAGCGCCGGAGACGAGGAGGAGGAAUGGCUGUAUGGAGAUGAGUCGGAGAGCAAAGACGAGGAUGAGGAAGCCAAGCUGAACGCUGCUGUCAGUGCCCCUGCUGAUGCUUCAACAGAUGAUGCUGCUGCGCACGCUACAGGAAAUGGCGUUGCCUCUGAGGCCACAGGUGAGGCUGCAGGCGAGGAUGUGGAGAGCGACAGCGACAGCGAUGAUGACGACGAUGAUGUCCGUGUCACGAUUGGAGACAUAAAAACCGGAGCGCCACAGUACACAACUUAUGGAGCCCCACCUGUCAACCUCAACAUCAAAUCAACAGGCUCCAGACCUUAUGGACAAGUUUCCGCAAAGCUGAAGGGAGUGGAUCUCGAUGCACCUGGAAACAUUAACGGUGUUCCAGUGCUAGAGGUGGACAUGGAGUCUUUUGAAGAGAAACCAUGGAGGAAACCAGGAGCCGAUCUGUCAGACUACUUCAACUAUGGCUUCAAUGAAGACACAUGGAAGGCUUACUGUGAAAAACAGAAGAGGCUGCGUAUGGGCCUGGAGGUCUCUACAGUUGGCUCAGUGACAAGCAAGAUCACUGUUCAGCAGGGCAGAACUGGUAAUGAAAAAGACAUACCCAGUUUGCCAGUUCACACCUCAAAGCCAGACUUCACAUCUCCUGUCAGCUUGUAUAAGUCUGCUGUCAGUCAGGUCACCAGGAUCUCUCCCCCUCAGUGGACUGGCCCGCCUCCUCAGGACAUGUCUUAUUAUACGAAAUCGAGCGGCACAAUCGAUGUGAUUGGUGGACAGUUGGCAACUAUCAGCAGAGUUGAGGGUCGUCGCCGACAUAAUCUAGAGGGCAACAAUAUUCAGGUGAUCUCUGAGCACUCGACAUCAGAGGCUGAACCCGCUCCUGCUAAGAUUCCCACAUUCUUCCCUCCCGGACCACUUCCUCCAAACAUUCCCCCACCGCCAUUUCUCCCUCCGCCACCAAACGUCAGUACUGCACCUCCACUCAUCCCCCCACCCAGGUUGCCCAUUACUGUCCCUCCUCCUAGUUUUCCUCCACCAACUAGUGGGCCUCCUCCUUCUAUCAUCCCCACUAUGGACAGCAGCCAUCCAGGAGGUUAUGAUGGACGCUCUGUUCCUCCGUAUCCGUUUCCUCAAGGUGCUUACCCUCCCCCCAUGGUUGGAGGUGUGCCUCCUCCUUGGCCUCCGAUGAUAGAUAACUCCAAACCUUGGGAUUAUUAUUCUCGCCGAGAUGACAAAAGAGACAAGGACAGAGAAAGACCCAGAGAGAGGACACAUGAGCGGGAACGAGAGAGGGAGCACAGCCCUUCAGCUAUGAGCUACACCAGCGACGAGGAGCGGUAUCGGUACCGUGAUUAUCAAGAGCGUGGUUACGCAGAACGCCACCGUGACCGUGCAAGCCGGGAGAAAGAGGAAAGACACAGAGAGAGGCGGCACAGAGAGAAAGAAGAGGGGCGCCACAAAUCCUCACGCAGCAGCAGUAGCAGGAGGAGGCACGACAGCGAGGAGGGGGACAGCCACAGACGGCACAAACACAAGAAGAGCAAGAGGAGCAAGGAGGGCAAAGAAGCCAGCGAGGAGAUCAGCGCAGACCAAGAGAAUCAGGAAGCCAUGGAGUAGCGAUGACCACUUCCCAUCUUUCAUCCCUUCAUUUGUCUCCAUGCUGACCAGAAAGGGAGAAAAUGAACGAGAGACCAAGAAAACCAGAAAGUGGCUGAGUGACAGAUGGACCUGUCACUCUCCUCUCCAUCAGUCUCCAUUCUCCUCCACCCUGCUGUCAUUCACCCUCACCAUCACUUCAGAAUAAAUGGAGCAAAGGAGGAGGUGAAGGAGGAAUGGUCAUUCUCCUAACCCAUCUUUUCCAUCUGAUCAGGCAAAACAUCAUUUGGUCUUUAACCACCUCAUUUUUCUCUCUGCCCCUUCUUUCAGAGCACUGCUGUAAAUUAGGCUCAAAGAUUUCACUGUAUAGUCGCUAUGAUCAGCAGAAUUUGCUCUUCCUCUGUUGUUUGUAUGUUGUCCAUUUGUUCUCGUCCCCAAUGAAGACUUCCUUAGAAAGCUGUCAGUUAAGUUCAAUUAAACACUUUUUGAUAAGA